CUCAGUCGUAACCACUAUGACGCCGCGCGCGCACCUCUGAGCGACAACCACCGACCAGUGCGGCCAGCAUGUGCGUGAAGUUACAAUAAAAAAACAAAAUGUACCGACUAGUGAUAUUUCUGAGUGUCAUCCUUGUGGCGGCAACUGUCGAGAAUGCCCGCGAGGAAAAGUUAAGAAGCGCCUUGAUAGACGCUUUUCAGAACAUUAAAAAAGCGUCUGCCAAAGGCGGAAUCGACGACGAGGGUCCGCUCACGUCGGAUCUGAUAGGCUCCAUAUCCUUGCCCAAUUCCAGUAGGAAUGAUAAGACUACCACCGAUUCGUUCGAUUUGUUCGCGGACGAUGAGGGGUUGUCUUUCGGGGACGCGUUCGGAGACGUCGAGAGUGAGAAGAAAGCUCCGACGACGGAGAAGUCUCACAAUGUGCAGCACAUUGUGAAGACGACGAAGCAGGUGGAGAAAACGACUUCGAAUCCGAAUAAGGAUAUUUGGAGCAAACUGAGUGAUUCGAUAAGGACGACGGUGAACGAGUCGAAGAGUGUGCUGAAGCAAGAGAGUGCGAAUAUAACGAACUUAUUGGGGAUAGAGAGUAUGCUGAGAGUGUUCGACGCGGAGAUCCUGGUGCACCAGUGGAAGGACCUGCAGAGCGCGGUGGAGGGCCAGUGCAGGGACGACCUGCAGGAGUACGUGGACGGACUGGUCGAGAGGAAGCUCUGGGCACUCAAAAUGGAGGACGCGAGCGGGCGCUACACGUCGAUGUUCUACUGGGGCAACAACUACUGGACCGGCUCCGCGGAGCUGUGCCAGAUCCUCAACCAGCAACAUGCGCCCGCGCCCAGGCACAACAAGAGCAGUGGGUCGCAGAUCUUCAGCGAGUGGCGGCAGGACGUGUCCAUGUCGGGCUUCGGGCCGCCCUUCCAGGCCGCCUUCUACACCGUGCGCAUCAGCGUCACCAGCGACAUCGAGGACAUCGUCAGCACCCGGCGCACGCUGCACCUAGGCCUGUGCCUGCCCGAAUCCUGCUCGCGCGAGCGCGUGGGCGCGCUGGUGGGCGCUGCGCACGCGCCGCUCCUGCGUCAAAGCGUGGUGGCCGUCCGCUCGCCGCAGCAUGGCGGAUACACCUACACAAGUGACCCUACCUUCCAAGUGCUGCUCGGUGUGUCGACCGCAGUAGCUAUACUGCUGAUCGUGGCGACGGCAUACGACCUGCGGCUGGCGCGCGAGGUGCGCCGGCGCCGACGCCGCGCUGCCAAUAUGGCGGCUGCCGACAGCGGCGCGCGCGGCGACCUUAAGCUCGACCUCAACGGGCUGGACGACAUUACUGUUGCUAAUGGAAAAUCAAUGUACAACGUGAACAACAACAUCGCAAUCAACAGCACUCAUUCGGAAGAACGGUUGACUGGAGAAACUGCGUCUACCACUGACGAUGAACUCAAACUAAGCAUCUGGUCCGAGCUGCUGCUGUCGUUCUCGAUGAAGGCCAACAUCCUGCAGAUCUUCGACCAGAGCGUGGGCGCCGACACCGUGCCGGUCGUGCACGGGCUGCGCUCGCUGUCCAUGGUCUGGGUCAUCUUCGGGCACACCUGCAUCGUCGUGUUCAAGUACGCCGACAAUACUGCCCUUCGAGCAAUCUUGGAGAAGAGCUUCUGGUUCCAGCUGAUUCUCAGUGCUGUGUACAGUGUCGACACCUUCUUCUGUUUAGGAGGUAUGCUGGUGACAUUCCUGUACUUCCGGACGAACUCCAACGGAAAGCUGGACCUCAUUACCAAGGGCCGCAGGAAGCUCACAUCGGGAAUCCUUCAGUUCAUCGGACUGCUUGCGUACAGAUUUGCCAGGUUGACGGCCCCAUACCUGUUCAUGCUGGGCGUAGUAGAGGUGACGAUGAAGUGGUUCGCGCACAACGCGGUGUUCGAACCGCCGGCCAUGGACCACGAAACCUGCCCGCAGUACUGGUGGCGCAACCUGCUGUACAUCAACACGCUCUUCCCCGUGGAACAGAUGUGUAUGUUAUGGAGUUGGUAUCUCUCUGAUGAUACUCAAUUCUAUGCUGUCAGUGCUAUCCUACUCAUCUUAGCAACAAGCCACUUCAAACUCUCCGUCUCGCUCACGGGCGUAUUCUUCGUCUCCUCCCUAUUCACGACGGGAUACGUUUCCUGGAGCAACGAGCACAUUCCCAACAGCGAAGACCCCUUCACACAGUUCGACAAGAUCUACGACAAGCCCUGGACUAGAUUGGGACCCUAUCUGGUCGGAAUGGCCACUGGAUGGAUCCUGUUCAAAACCAAUUUGAAGAUCAGAAUGGGCAGGGUAUGGGCGGGCGUGGGCUGGGCGGCAUGCACGGGGAUGCUUCUGUUCCUGAUCUUCGGGCUGUACCAGACAGAACUAGGUGUAGCCAGCGCGGCAGUCUACAGCGCGCUGUCGCACUCCCUGUGGGCGGCCUGCAUAGGCUGGAUCAUCAUCGCCUGCUCUACUGGAUACGGAGGCUGGGUCCGCAGCCUGCUGGCGGCGCCGGUGCUGUACCCGUUCUCGCGCGUGACGUACUGCGCGUACCUGGUGCACCCGGUGGUGCUGCGCUACGUGGCCAUGCACCUCACGCACCCCAUCCACCUUGGAGAACUGCUUGUGUUCGUCCUGUUCCUGGGCCUGACGGUGAUAUCGUACGUGCUAGCGUUCAUCAUCUCCGUAGCCUUCGAGGCUCCCAUCGUCACCAUGCUGAAAAUUGUCUCCCCACAGCGCAAGCCGCAUCGAGUGUGACGUCACUGACCGAGGUGACAAUGUCUCGAAAAUACUCCUCGAGAAUGCGCGAUAGAAAUGUACCUAUAACUUUUUUCUUUUUAUCCCGGUUCUGCCUGGCCAGUAAUAAUACUCGAUUAUUUUUUGUUUGCACUGUGCAACCGUGUGAGGUUUUAGGCCCAGAACAGACGGUGAAACGCAACUGCAACUUUCUGAUGAUUCUGAUGAAUGAAACUGAAACUUUCAAACUGGUCGCGUCAUGUGUGGUCUCUCAACGGACGCUAUGGCAGAAACUUAGAUGCAACUCAAAAGUAACUAGCAGUUGCAGUUUCGUUGCAGUUGCGUUUCACCGUCUGUUCUGGGCCUUAGUGAUCAGAUCAGAAUAGGUAAAAAUACUGUCCGUUGGGUUUGAACUCUAUUUCAUCACUUCAAUAAAGCUGAAAAUGUGGUGGCUAAGAUGU